AUGGACGUGGACGUGGACGUGGACGUGGACGUGGACGUGGACAUGGACGUGGACGUGGACGUGGACGUGGACGUGGACGUGGACGUGGACAUGGACGUGGACGUGGACGUGGACGUGGACGUGGACGUGGACGUGGACGUGGACGUGGACAUGGACGUGGACGUGGACAUGGACAUGGACGUGGACAUGGACGUGGACGUGGACGUGGACGUGGACAUGGACGUGGACGUGGACAUGGACGUGGACGUGGACGUGGACGUGGACAUGGACGUGGACGUGGACGUGGACAUGGACGACUUACGGACGUGGACAUGGACGUGGACGUGGACGUGUCGUGGUCGUGGACGUGACGUGGACGUGGACGUGGACGUGGACGUGGACGUGGACGUGGUGGACGUGGACGUGGACAUGGACGUGGACGUGGACGUGGACGUGGACGUGGACGUGGACGUGGACGUGGACGUGGACGUGGACGUGGACGUGGACGUGGACGUGGACGUGGACAUGGACGUGGACGUGGACGUGGACGUGGACGUGGACGUGGACAUGGACGUGGACAUGGACGUGGACAUGGACGUGGACAUGGACGUGGACGUGGACGUGGACAUGGACGUGGACGUGACGGACGUGGACGUGGACGUGGACGUGGACGUGGACGUGGACGUGGACGUGGACGUGGACAUGGACGUGGACGUGGACGUGGACGUGGGCAUGGACGUGGACGUGGACGUGGACGUGGACAUGGACGUGGACGUGGACGUGGACGUGGACGUGGACGUGGACGUGGACGUGGACGUGGACGUGGACAUGGACGUGGACGUGGACGUGGACAUGGACGUGGAGUGGACAUGGACGUGGACGUGGACGUGGACGUGGACAUGGACGUGGACAUGGACGUGGACGUGUGGACGUGGACGUGGACGUGGACUUGGACGUGGACAUGGACGUGGACAUGUCAUGGACGUGGACGUGGACGUGGACGUGGACGUGGACGUGGACAUGGACGUGGACGUGGACGUGGACGUGGACGUGGACGUGGACAUGGACGUGGACAUGGACGUGGACGUGGACGUGGACGUGGACGUGGACGUGGACGUGGACGUGGACAUGGACGUGGACGUGGACGUGGACGUGGACGUGGACGUGGACGUGGACGUGGACGUGGACAUGGACGUGGACGUGGACAUGGACAUGGACGUGGACAUGGACGUGGACGUGGACGUGGACAUGGACGUGACGUGGACAUGGACGUGGACGUGGACGUGGACGUGGACAUGGACGUGGACGUGGACGUGGACAUGGACGUGGACGUGA